CGGAAGUAAACAAUAAGGCGCUAGCGCGUUAGCUUUCAGCUUUCUUUGUGCUAAUCAUCGCUUACAGGACGGUUUUUGUUGUGUGAGCUGAAUAUUUUACUGUCUGUAGUGACAAAUAUCUUCUAUUAUUCUAUAUAGAGAGCGGCUAUCUACCGCUGUUAAAUAUUCAAUAAGCUCGUCCUUUAAGCGGAAGAGAUCGAUCGUCAUCUCAGACUGCAAAUCAUCUCGGAACCAUCUGGCUUUCCACAGCACCAUGUCGGUUCCUACUUGGCAGGUUCUGGCUGAUCAUCUACUUGUAACGGAGAAGAGGAACUAUUGUUGAGAAAAGAUGCCAAACACAGCAGAAAUGAAAGAGGAACCAGAACCUGUACAGGUUAAAGUGGAACAUGAGGAACUGGAAGUUGUACAAGUUAAAGUGGAACAUGAAGAACUGGAAGUUGUACAGGUUAAAGUGGAACAUGAAGAUCUCUGCAGUGAUCAGGAUGAACAUCAGCUUGUAGUGAAACAGGAGCCUGAAACAUUUGCGGUGACUCCCACUAAUGAGCAAAGAGGCGACAGUGAACCAGAACCAAGCAGAGAUAAAGAUCUGGAACCAGAGAAGAGACAUCAGGACAACAGAAAUCACACAGAAAAUGUUGAAUUGGAAGAUAAUGCACAACUAAAAAGGUGUAGAAACGCCUUGUUGCCUUGUGAUGUAUGUGGCAAAUUGUUAUCUUCAUGUCAACAGCUGACUGUGCAUAUGAGAGCUCAUCCAGGAGAGAAGCCUUUCUCAUGUCUGACAUGUGGAAAAGGCUUUAACUGGAAAUCCUCCUUAUCUAUGCACUUGAGAACUCACACGCGUGAGAAGCGGUAUGAUUGUAAAUUGUGCGACAAAUCUUUCAUACGAAGUAGUGAUCUGACUUGUCACAUGAGAACUCACACAGGCGAGAAGCCUUAUUCUUGUCAGUGGUGUGAUAAAUCCUUCAGACAGACUUGUGAUUUGGCUCGUCACCUUCGAACUCACACUGGUGAGAAGCCUUAUUCUUGUGAACUGUGUGACAAAUCUUUUAGGCAACGCAGCAAUUUGGCACGUCACCUUAGGAUUCACUCAAGUAACAACCUGUAAUUCAGUUUCAUUCAGUUUUUAUCAUGUCUGUUAAUAACAAAUGUCAUGUCAAGCUGCUUUACAGGACAUUUUUAUAUACAGAAAUGUAUAGUAAAAUCAACUGAUCAGGGGCGGAUCUACUGGGGUGGCAGUUGCUACCCCAAACGAGAACCUUGAUUUCUGCUCGUCCUGCAUUGGGAUAAAAUGGUUUUCUGGACAUAACUCAAUAAAUCACAUAGCGACUAAUAGGCA